AUGGGGAGUCUCGGCGAAACGGUCUCGCGGCCUAAGAAAUUUAAUACCGAGCUUACCGACUACUCAAAAUUUCAUGUUGACUCAAUUGGACCAUAUGCCCAGAACCCCGAGGUCGAUGCUUUGAUUGUGGGAGCCGGGUUCGCUGGCAUCUUCAUGCUCAAGACUCUUCGUGACCGCGGCCUCAAAACAGUCAUAUAUGAGGCUGGAAAUGAUAUUGGCGGUACCUGGCGAUGGAACUGCUACCCCGGCGCAGGAGUCGACUCCGAAGUUCCUGAAUACGAGUUUUCUUGGCCCGAGGUAUACGAAACGUGGAACUGGCCCAACAACUAUCCUGACUAUCAAGAUCUUCGCAACUACUUUGAUCAUGUUGAUAAAGUCAUCGGGGUGAAGAAGGACUGUGCUUUCAAUACCGUUGUGAUUGGGGCUCAGUUCGAUACUGUGGAAGGAAAAUGGCGUGUUGAAACUGCUGAUGGCCGUACGACCAAGGCGAAAUAUCUUGUCCUUGGUACAGGCUUCGCUGCCAAGCGCUACAUCCCGCCAUGGUCCGGGAUGGACAAAUUCAAGGGUAUCAUACAUCACUCCUCCUUCUGGCCCGAAGAGAAAAUCAACGUAAAAGGCAAGCGAUGCGCGAUCAUAGGUACCGGAGCCUCAGGCGUACAGAUCACGCAGGCCUGGGGUCCCGAAGCCGGCGACCUCAAAGUCUUCCAGCGAACUCCCAACCUCGCCGUCCCGAUGCGCAAGCGCGACCUCACGGUCGAAGAGCAGGAAAGAAUUAAGCCCUACUAUCCCGAGCUCUUCCGGUACCGCGAAGCGAGCUUUGCUGGAUUUUUAUACGACUGGUGUGAACGUAACACGUUCGACGAUACCCCGGAGGAACGUGAAGCCUUCUAUGAGAAGGUAUGGAAGGAGGGCGGCUUCCGGUACUGGGUCGCUCUGUACAAGGAUAAUCUCUUCAAUGCAGAGGCAAACAAGGAAUCCUACAAGUUCUGGGCCAAGAAGACGCGGGAUCGUAUUGGUGAUCCGAAGUUGAGGGAUCUGCUUGCGCCUUGGGAAAUGCCGCACUAUUUCGGUAUUAAGCGGCCGUGUCUCGAGAGUACUUAUUUUGAGCAGUUUAACCGAGAGUCGGUUCAUCUUGUCGACAUCAAGAACAAUGCUAUCAAGGAGUUUACUGAGACGGGUAUCACUCUUGAGGACGGUACUCAUCAUGAGUUGGAUGUUAUUGCUGUUGCAACUGGAUUUGAUGUCGUCACUGGCGUCAUGACCCAACUCGGGCUUAAGAGCAUCGACGGCACUGAGCUUGAGAAAGACUGGAUCCCAGGUGCAAAUACCUACCUUGGUACGACUGUCAGCGGCUAUCCGAAUAUGUUCCACAUCUACGGACCGCACGGCCCUACUCUCCUGAGCAAUGGACCGACUUCAGUCGCAGUGCAAGGUCGCUGGAUCGCUGAUACCAUUGCCAAGAUCGAGGCGAAUGGUGUCAAGUAUAUCAAUCCGAAAGUGGAGGCUGCAAGUAAAUGGAAGAAACAUAUUGUCGAGCUCAAUGAUCGAUCGCUCUUCCCGACGACUAGAUCGACUUACAUGGGUGGUAGUAUCCCUGGUAAGGUCUAUGAGCCAGUGUGUUACUCUGGGGGUAUACCAGCCUAUGCGAUUGAAAUUAGGAAGGCGUUGGAUGAUUGGGAGAAUGGUUUUGAUGUGGUGAAGGCAUAG